UCGAAAUCUACUCGGUGUUGGAUGUUGCAGAUUAACCAAUGCUAUGCCUGCAAGUUCUUCAGAAAAUAUAGGGCAAAUUGAGGAGACACUGAAGUCCUCCUUGGCUGGGGAGGAGAGCUUGGAUAGUCAACUUCUAUCCUCCUCCAAACAAGUCCUCUUGCACAAGAUUGAUUUCAAACCAGCAGAGAAGCCAUAUUCUCUGCAAGUGGACUCUUUGAGAGCUAAAUAUAUACCUCUGAAUCAGUGUAAAAAAUAUUCUACUGAGCAGAAUGGCAGUAAUAAACAGAAAGAAGGUUCCAGAAUGAAUGGUGAAGGAGACGGAGACUCCCUACCAACACCAAAAGUUGUUUUGUACCCAGAGGAGAAAGUUCAGUUGGAAUGGAGGAAGAUGCAGAAAAUUGGGGCAGGUUUGGUGAACAUGGGGAACACCUGCUUCCUAAACUCCACUCUCCAGUGCCUCACAUACACAGCUCCUCUUGUCAACUUCUGCCUUAGCAAUGAACACAGUACUAUGUGCAAACAAGCAGGAUUUUGCAUGAUGUGUGAACUGCAGCGUCAUGUUAAGCGUUGUUAUGAAAACUCAGGAAAUGCCAUUAAGCCACAAUCUGUAUUACAGAAACUGAGAAUGAUAGCAAAGCACAUGCACUGGGGUCGUCAGGAGGAUGCUCAUGAGUUCCUGAGAUACGUGGUCGAUGCAAUGCAGCGGUCAUGUCUCAAUGGACAUAACAAAUUAGACAAGUUCAGCAAGGAAACAACAGUUGUCAACCAAAUAUUUGGAGGAUUUCUCAGAAGUCAAGUUCAGUGUAUGCGAUGUAAGGAGAUGUCAAAUACAUACGACCCCUUCUUGGACGUCAGCUUGGAUAUUAAGGCUGUACAAACCCUGGAGAAAGCUUUGGAGAAGUAUGUGCAUCCAGAGACAUUGGAUAAUGACAAUGCAUACAUGUGUACAAAAUGCAAACAGAAAGUUCCAGCUCACAAAAGGUUUUCAAUUCACAAGGCACCUAACAUAUUAACAAUUUCAUUGAAAAGGUUUGACUACAACAGAUUGAUGGGUAAAGUGAGUCGGCACAUUCAGUUCCCAGAAAAACUUAAUCUGCGUCCUUAUAUGAGCAAUAGACAGGGAGAAAAAGUGAUAUACCAACUGUAUGCUGUAUUGGUCCACUCUGGUUACAGCUGUAACUCUGGUCAUUACUACUGCUAUGUGAAAUCUCCAAGUCAGAUAUGGUACUGCAUGAAUGACUCCAUGGUACAACAAGUCAGUGCUACACGGGUUCUAUCUUGUGAAGCAUAUUUACUUUUCUACAUUAAAUCCAAGCCUUCUCUCAUAUCAUCAAAAUCUGUACCGAGACCAAUAAAUAACAAGACCCCUGUGAUUGGUCCUAGUCUGCCUCGAAACCACACCAUUAACAAGAAAUUCAAAGUCAAUGGAGUUCUCAGUGGGCCAAGCAGUGACCUUGGAUCUAGUGUGGCAAGAAAAAGCAACAGUUCCUCAUCAUUGUCCUCCUCUACUCAUGUGCAAAAGUCGACUUCAGCGCUAUCUCUAAGUACCCCAUUACCUGACAAACGCGAUCGUGUAGCAUUUGGCAUCAAACCACAGACUCCUGUCAAACAGCAAACUGUAACAGAAGACAAGCCCAGAAUUGUCAUGCAGAUAAAAAAUGGCAAAGUUACGACAUUUGAAAAAUCGCCAAAUGGUAAAUCAAAGAUAGUAAAAGAUUCAGAUCAGGUGAAAUCAUUGUUAGUACCGUACGGUGAUGACAGCGAGUCAGAUUCUGAAAAUACCAUUAGUUACACAAAAGUUAAGAAAACAGAAACUAAAUCAUCUAGUCUGAAAAAAGAGGAAAAGAAGGUUGGUCUGCAUCUUUUUCCUCAGAAAAACAUCAAAAGACAUUUGGACGAUUCUGCUGUUGUAUUUGACAAGAAGUUAAAUGCCACAACAUCUGUGCCAGGAAAUGCCAAUUUGUUGGACACCAAAGGCCAUGGAGAUAGUAAAAACCAUCGACUAGAUGGUCUCAAUCUUAUGGUUAGUCCAUCAAAGGACCUGACAUUAAAGUUCAAUGAUAAGUCAGCAUUCAGCCCAGGGAAACGAAUACUCGGGGAUAAUCCUGGCAUAUCUUGUGUAACAAACCUGGUGCCUGCAGGGAGUUCAAAGGUGAAUUCCACAACAAACUGGCAAGUGUUUAAUCAGGACUCUGCUCCCAGUCCAUCAGUCGGUUCAUCUUCCAGUCGUGACAGUGUGAACUCCACUACAGAAUGGACAGUGAUGGGCAACAAGGACAUGACUGUGUAUCCGAAAGUGCCCGAGAGACAGUUCCCAGGUUGGAAGGUACAAGAGAAUGAAAGGUUGGGAAAUUGUUCAGAAGAUCAGAAAGAUGGUAAUGGCAGACCCUCUGUGUCUUCACCUGACACAAGACAGACUUUAGAAACGUCUGCUGAGGAACAUAAAAUGGUGCAUGAUAAAUCAGAUGAUUCUUAUAGGACUGAAACUUUGCAGUUGUCCAAUUUUAAUUCAAAGUUGGUGCCGUCUGCAUCCAAACAGAGUGGUGAGGUCAUAGAUGACAAAAUAGUCGAUAUACCAGACAAACAGAGCCUCCUUUCUGAGAGCUUUGUGUGUUCAGAGGGCAAACAAUCUACUCACAAAAAACAUAAAAAACACAAGAAGCACAAAAAAGAGCACAAAGAUAUCAAGUAUCAAGAACUUGUACAUGAUAGUGAUAGCUCAGGCCGCGUCAAAAAGCACAAGAAAAAGAAACACAAACUAAAGAAGGAAUUCAAAUUUAAUGAUUAUGGUAAAGAUAAGAAGAAGUUCGUAAAUAGAGAGGAAGAGACACCUCAUAAAAAGUCAGAAAGCGAGUCUGAGGAUAGCCAGGAGUUUGUUUGGGUGGAGAAGACUAAAGAUUCCCUUAAAGGUGCCAGUGGAGAUGAAAAGAUCAGCGACAACAAAGUUCCUGUACAAAGCUGGGAUCAUCACAUCAAAGAUGGUUACAAACGACCCAAUAAUGGCCCUGGGGGUGAUGCUCGAUCUGGUAAUUCCUGGGAUGGCUCGAAAAAGUCACGAGUGGCAGAUGAGCUUGAAAAAUCGGCUCACCACGUUUAUGGCUCUUCAGUGGCAUCCUGGAAUGGUGGUAAAAGUUCUCUGGACCUCGAGGCUGAUCGUGAGAGGGAAAAGAAACGUCCCUGGACAGAUGCCUAUGAUGAAGAAUUUGACAGGGGAAAGGUGAAAAAAGUGAAAAAGCAUUAUGCUGACUUUGAUUUCUUGCCCAAUAACAACUUCCAAAGAAUGCAAGAUGAACGCAACCAAGACAGGAAUAGAUGGAAAGGGUCUUAUGAUGGGAGCUCCUACAAUGGUUACAACAAUGGCACCAACGGGUCUCACCACAAACCUUCCAACGGUCCUCAUUUUCACAGCUAUCAUAGUGAACAUAGACACCGAGACAACAAUCGCAGCUACUUCCAGCACAGUGCUCACUCAUCAGCCAAGUACCACAAGCACUGAUAGUAUACCAGACCAAGCCAUGAAUUGGUCUCUGCAAGGUUGCACCUGGUCCUAUCAGAUCUUGCCUUGAAUUGAUCUCUGGCAAGGUCAUGUUUGAUUUAGCAUAUGAUAGGACAAUUUGGAUUGGUCUCACUUUCUCUGGGAAAAUUGUUUAAAUCAGAUUCUGCAAGAGUCUCAUGGUUUUUAUUUUCAGACAUUUUGAUUUUUCUUCACUUGCUAGAAAAUAUUGGAUAUGAAUGCAUGUUGAAUUGAUCAGAAUGUGUACAUUUAUUUACUUUUGAAAAGUGUAACCUGUAGAGGGGAUUUGUAGACUGAAUGGGGAAAGUGCAAAUAGUUCAUGAUUGUCCAGUGUUUUGACACAGGAUGGGCAACUGCAGAGCAGUGUGUGUACUAGGAUAUUUGACUUCAAGUUCAGUACAGCAGACGUGAUGAUCUAUCAACAUUUAUAUUUGAAGAAUAUAUGAUAAGCAUGUGUGAUUUUCUCUGUGAAGAGUUUUAAAGAUGUGUACAUGUUAUAGCUUACAGUUAAUUAUUUAUACUGAACUGAAAAGUUUAUAUUUUAGAGUCAGUUGAUAUACAAAUGUUGGUAUAAGUUAGAGAAAUUCCAUUGUGAUGUCUUUGCUGUGCUAAACAUGUCUUGUAAGUUAAUGCUUCAUUAUAGUUUUUGUGUUAAAACUUUGUCAGUUUGUGCUGCUUAAAACACUUAGAUAGAUGUCCAAUUAGUUCUGUUACUUGUACUACUGUUACUCUGUUUUAUCAUGGUUCCGGCUGUUGUUACUUUUGUUACAGGUUUUACCAUCUUUCUGAUGCUAUGUAUCAUGUAUGUAAUUUAUCAAGUUUAAGGAUGUAUGAGGGUCAGGUUAUUCAAACUUAACUUUUCUUCUGGUGAUGAUUCAUUGAAAGGUUAAUUAUCUGCUGCAGUAAUUUUUUUACUACUGUUAAAUAUGGAGGGGCGGAUGGCAAUCUUGUUUUCAAGAAAUAUCCUCUUCCUGUUUGUUGACUGAAAUGUAAUAUAAUGAUACUGGGACUGGGAUAAUAAGCAGAAAGUAAUUUCAAUUUAUUUCCACGUUUGAAACUGCACAGCAGUCAAAAAAAGAACAUUUAGAAAAAUGGCUUUAAUCCUACAGUUAAAAUGUUCUGGAAUUUAUGUUUUUACAACACUUUCUGCUUUGAUAGAAUUAUUAUAUAUUUCAGGGUGAAAUAAGAGGGGGUUGCUGUUUUUUAAUUUUUUUUUUUUAAUUUUUACUGAAAACAUAUUCUCAAGAUCAAGAUUCAAACUGAAAUAUCUGAUGUACCCAAUGAUGCACUGAAACCUGUGAUUUGUGAUGAUAAUUAUUACAAGAAGUUAUGGAAUUUUAGCAAGACAGCCAGAGUUAUAAAGUAAAUACAGUAAACAUUGAAGGUGUUAAUGCUAUUUACUGUCUGCUACACACAAUAUAGUUCACAAGUAAAAAAUUGUUCAAAAUAUCAACCAUUCAGUUUAUAGCAACACCCAAAGAAAACACUUGUAAGUAGUACUAUAGAUAUUAAAAUGUCUACAAAGGAAAGAUAUUUUGGAAUUAUCUUUUAGUAACUUAUGCCUUUUCUAUGAUCAGACCUGUCUUUCAUACAUCCUUAAGCAAUUUGAACCAAACAUUUCUAAGCUAUUACUAUACACCUACAUUUAUGAUUUAUUUAAAAGAUUAUAGUUUUAUUUUAAAUCAGAAGAGACAAAUGUACUUAAAUUUAUGUAUUUUCACACAUUUUAUCAAUGAGAUCAUGAUAAACAACACAUCAUUUGAUGAUUUAAUUGGUAAAAAAAAGACAACUUUAUUUACUUCGCAACAUUUGCAAACAACUGGUUUUACUGUGGGAGAGAAACGGUGCCCGAAGAAAACCAUGUCAUUGUGUAGGUGACCCCAUACAUUUUCACAUCCGCUCAAGGAAUCAAACCCCAAAUGUUUAGAUGGAAGAUAAAUGUGUUGCAACUGUUCCACCCAAUCAUCCCUGUAAUUUAUAUUGGGAGUCUACCAAUAGCUGCUCUGGCUUAUCCAGACACAGCUGGUCACCAUGACAGCACUGUCAUAGGACUAGACAUAGGUCAUCAUGACAACAAUAUCACAGGGCUAGACAUAGGUCAUCAUGAUAACAUUGUCACAGGGCUAGAAGACAUUAUAAGGAUGUGACGGGGAUACCUUUCAGCCACCACUUAUUUGACUAGGAAUUUUUAUCUAUAAUAUUAUUAAUCACGGCAAACCUUGAAGUUAUAGACAUUUAUUUGUGAAAUUCACUAUAUAUUAAAUUUUUUAUAUAUCUUUUAAAUGAUAGAGCCCUUAUCAAGGAAUGAUCCUUACUGCCAUGUGUUCACUAAUUUGUUGUAAGCAUAUUUGUUACAAACAUGUAGGCUUUAAUAACAUUUUCCUUUCACCUCAGGACAACAUUAGAUAGAUCUAAGGGAGCUUGUGUCGCAAGGAACAUCUAAGCAAGCUUGUGCAGACAAAAACUUCUAAGCAAGAUUUUGCUGCCAAGUCUCAUGCAAGCUUGUGCUGCAAGGAAUGUCUAAGCAAGCAUAUGUGAUCAAAAACCGUCUAAGCAAACUUGUGCAGUCCAAAAUGUCAUAGCACGCUUGUCUUGCCAAGUCUAAAUAAGCAUGUGCAGUCAAGUCUAAGCAAGCUUGUGUAGCAAGACUUUUGUAAGCAGCAGUCCAACGAUGAAGAGCUUUUCAGUGUUGAUCUCAUGAUUGAUCAUGUACCAUGUAGAUGGGAGAAACUUCAUCUAUACUACAGAAAACUUGUAUUUAAUGACCUUUCUAUUAGGACUACAUAGUCCAAUACUUCUGAUUGAUCAUGUACCAUGUAGAUGGGAGAAACUUCAUCUAUACUACAGAAAACUUGUAUUUAAUGACCUUUCUAUUAGGACUACAUAGUCCAAUACUUCUGAUUGAUCAUGUACCAUGUAGAUGGGAGAAACUUCAUCUAUACUACAGAAAACUUGUAUUUAAUGACCUUUCUAUUAGGACUACAUAGUCCAAUACUUCUGAUUGAUCAUGUACCAUGUAGAUGGGAGAAACUUCAUCUAUACUACAGAAAACUUGUAUUUAAUGACCUUUCUAUUAGGACUACACAGUCCAAUACUUCUGAUUUAUCAUGUACCAUGUAGAUGGGAGAAACUUCAUCUAUACUACAGAAAACUUGUAUUUAAUGACCUUUCUAUUAGGACUACAUAGUCCAAUACUUCUGAUUUAGGUAUUAAUAUUUUUUUUAUACAGCACAAUAAAACUGUAUCAUCAAUAUAUUUUACCUCCUGCAUUUCAUUUCAUUUAUAUAUUUUUAUGAAGUCCUAUAUGAUUUAUUUGUGAUACAAACUAUCUUUGUAAUUAAAUGUAUGUCGAUCGUUGCACAAAAUGAGUGGAAAUGUUUUUCCCUAAUUUUUCAUUCUGCUUAUACCGAUAGAUGAUUUAGUGAAACAAAAAUGGAAUAUCCAUAGCAGAGAAGAUGUCAUAUUUUCUAACAAUAUGUUUCCCAAACAGUUGAAAUGUGAAGAAUACUUCCAUAUUUUUCUGUCACAUGUAAAUUGUCUAAUGGAACUUAAGGAUUUAACAUUGCGUGAUGUUUUUCCUUAAAAUAAUUUACAUUUUCACUUAUUCUUAAAACAAUUCUAUAUGCAAAUUACAUGAUUCUCAACUCAGUGAAGCUUUAAGCUACUAAAUUGGUAUGAUCUAAAUUUCCAGUACAGAAUUACUACUUUUGAAGACACCAUGUCUGUAAAAGAAAAAGAAAAAUCAACAGAAAAUAAUUGAAACUUUGUUAUUCUGAACAUACUAUUAUGACCAAUUAAAUCCAGAUUUACAAAGAAAUUUUCUUAGAGAAAUAAUUUAAAGAUUUUGCUUUAAUUUCUCUCUGGGUGAAGUGUUUUUUAGUAUGUUAUGAUAUAUCACUUCAGAUCUAGAUUCCUUGAGGUUCCAUGAGGAAAAUUGACUUAUAAUUUCAGAAAUCAUUUUCUAAUUCAGAUACGCUAGAAUCUCUUAAAUACGUGGAAAAUGUCCAAAUGUGAUUUUUUUUUUUUUGCAAGUUUGAGUAAAGGAGGCAGAUGAUAUUUAUUCACAUUAUUGAUAAUCCCAACAUUUCUGCAAUUAUAAUCAAAUUAUAGAUAAUCCCAACAUUACUGCAAUUAUGAUCAUGAGAUGGAACUUUACUGACAUGAAAAAUUAACAAAUGUGAACAAAAAAUGGUAAACAAAAAUUACAAGUCAAGAUGUAAUUUCCAUUUUACCAGUAGAGUGGAGAUCACAAUAAACAGUUGUAGGCUUUGCUUUCUGACAGAUUCUUCUUAUAUACCUAAUUAAUUCACAGUUAUCCUAUUUACAGUUAUACAUAUAUAACUUCGUUUCUGCUUUCCUGGUGAUGUUACAAUAGUACAAACAAUAUAAUGCCACUCCGAUGAAUAGAACUGAUGAUUGGCCUCAAUGAAGAGGUGAUUCUGGUCAAGUUAUUGGCAUUCCACAACCAGUCUAUAGUAAUGUUGUACAGGACCCUAUUUUUAGCGUGGUACUUUCAAAUCGCAUGUUGUAUCUCUUUAGGUUGCUUCCAUAUAUAUAUAUAUAAAUAUAAACCAUUGCUCAUCUUACCACUCAUUUCAAUAUGUUUCAUAAUCAAUAGCGGCUAGUUAUAUGAUGUCGGCCAUUUUUAAUUCCCACUAUUAGGCCUGGUUUAAUACUCAGGAACAGAAGGAUAGGAGGAAACAUUUUUAAAAAAAGAAAAAAAAAUCCUGGAAAAGUUUUAUUUCAGGUUAGGUUUCAAAGUUUAGAAAUUGUUCUGUGAAGUAUUGCAUGUUUAGAAAAGGUAUUAUCUAGUUCUGAUAGCUAACUCAGUCAUGUAUGGAAUAUAACAAAAGCUUGUGUAAGGUCAGUGUAAAACUGUAGAACUAUGUAGUGGUGUCAUGUGACCCCAAGUGUGUACUCCUUAGGCAGAGCUUGUCUGCCAUUACAUCCACGCUGAUAUUUGAUGUAGAUGAUUGUCUCUGUGAAAGUGGAUAAGGAAGAACAUGAAAUGCAUGAUUAUUGAAAUGCAGUGUAUUUCAUGUUUUGAAAUUGCAGAGUCUGUGUUAUCCAACAUACUCCCUGUCAUCAUUGUGGAUCAAAAUACAUUAUACUGUAAUGGUAUUUCAUCAAGUCAUGUUGCACAUAUGAUGGAUGUUAAUAAAUGCAAUGGAAGACGAGUCUUCAGUCAUGAUACAA